AUGAGCCUGAGCUGCCCGGAGCCGCCUGACCACAUGGUGCUGGCCAUGCCACCCGCGCGCACAGCCCGCCCCUGGUCUCGUGGGCUCCCCAUCAUCUGCACCUCUGUCCGUGCCAUCCUGGGAGCUCAGGAGGAGCUCAGAGAAGCACUUUGGGCCUGCUGGCUGGCCGGAGGCUCGGGUCUGUGGGGCCCUGCCAGCCCUGGGUGCCUGUGGGGGGCACGGGGUUUCCUAGCUGUGUGGGGGCUGCCCCGCCUGCAGACUCCCUCCUCCGACCCCCUCCACCUGGCCACUUCUCACCACGGGGCUCACCUGGGUUGUCGUAUCUUGUCUCCACAGAUGGACCAUGACCCCAAGAGCCCUGCGUACAUCGCCACCCAGGGACCGCUCCCCGCUACCGUGGCCGACUUCUGGCAGAUGGUGUGGGAGAGCAGCUGUGCCCUCAUCGCCAUGUUGACGCCCCUGGCUGAGAACGGCGUCCGGCAGUGCCACCACUAUUGGCCGGAUGAGGGCUCCAACCUCUACCACAUCUACGAGGUCAACCUGGUCUCUGAGCACAUCUGGUGUCAGGACUUCCUGGUGAGGAGCUUUUACCUCAAGAACCUGCAGACCAACGAGACGCGCACCGUGACCCAGUUCCACUUCCUGAGCUGGCACAACCAGGGUGUCCCCUCCUCCACAAGGUCGCUCCUGGACUUCCGCAGAAAAGUAAACAAGAGCUACAGGGGCCGUUCUUGUCCAAUAAUUGUUCAUUGCAGUGACGGUGCAGGCCGGAGCGGAACCUACAUCCUGAUUGACAUGGUUCUCAAUAAGAUGGCCAAAGGUGCGAAGGAGAUUGAUAUCGCAGCAACCCUGGAACACCUGCGGGACCAGAGACCAGGCAUGGUCCAGACAAAGGAGCAGUUUGAGUUUGCGCUAACAGCCGUGGCAGAGGAGGUGAACGCCAUCCUGAAGGCCCUUCCCCAGUAGGCCCAGGCCGAGCCCCGCUGGGGCCCCACGCUGCCCCAGCUCGCUGUCCUGUGCUGUCGGCAGAGUCUUCAGAUUCCCACGGUCCGCCAGAUGACCAGUCCCUGUAGAUUCCGUGGAAAUACCCGGUUAGGAGGGCGGGGGACUCAGCGCAUCAGUUUUCAUCAUCUUGUAAAGAAAAGGAAGCGUUCCCUCCCUACAGCACCACCCACAUCCGCCCGCAGUCUGUCGCGCAUCGUAGUGCACUCCCACAGCCCCACAGCGCGCCCCCUGC